UCUCUGUUUUCCUCUCCUCCUCUCAUCAAGUCUUGCUCAAUUUCAUCAACUAAGCUAAGAUAUGGGUUUCAGUAGCAAAGCUUUGGUUUUCUUCCUGGUAGCUAUGAUGGCAGCAGCUUCGUCAAUGGCUGCAACUUAUAGAGUUGGUGAUACUGCUGGAUGGUCAAUCAUGGGAGAUGUCGAUUACAAUGAGUGGGCUUCUUCCAAGACUUUUCAUGCGGGAGACAUCCUUCGUUUCAUCUACAGGCCUGAUCUCAACAAUGUCUUACAAGUGACAUCUUCGGACUAUGAAUCGUGUACUGUAACAGCUCCACUAGCCACCUACCUGACAGGGGACGACUUUAUUCCAAUCUUGGGGGAUGAUGAUCAUUACUAUUUCAUCUGUGAUGAACCUGGUCACUGUGAAUUUGGCCAGAAGGUUGACAUUCAAGUUGCUCCCCAAGUUCCAGAUGUUUCAACACCUUCACCACCAACUUCAACUCCACCUCCACCCUCUAAAUCUUCUGCGUCGUAUCUUCUCUCUAGCAGUGUUCUUGUCGGUUUAGUUGGUGCCGCAGCUUAUCUUAUUUCUAUGCAGUAGUUUUGCUUACAAGUCUUGUCGGGCUUAAAUUCUUUAAAACUAUUUACACUGGGGAUUUUACAGU